ACAAGAUUUGGAGGAUCUAUCAGACCUCAAUCAGUUACGAGAUUUGGACGAUCUAUACCUCCUCAGCCAGUAACAAGAUUUGGACGAUCUAUUAGACCACAAUCAGUAACAAGAUUUGGAGGAUCUAUAAGAUCUCAAUCAGUAACAGGAUUUAGUCGAUCUAUUAGACCACAAUCAGUAACAAGAUUUGGACGAUCUAUAAGACCUCAAUCAGUAACAAGAUUUGGUCGAUCUUUAAGACCUCAAUCAGUAACAAGAUUUGGUCGAUCUUUAAGACAUCAAUCAGUAACAAGAUUUGGACGAUCUUUAAGACCUCAAUCAGUAAUAAGACGAUCUAUAAGACCUCAACCAGUAACAAGAUUUGGACGAUCUAUAAGACCUCAAUCAGUAAAAAGAAUUGGUCGAUCUAUUAGACCACAAUCAAUAACAAGGUUUGGACGAUCUAUUAGACCCCAAUCAGUAACAAGAUUUCGUCGAUCUUUAAGACCUCAAUCAGUAACAAGAUUUGGACGAUCUAUAAGACCUCAAACAGUAACAAGAUUUGGUCGAUCUCUAAGACCUCAAUCAGUAACAAGAUUUGGUCGAUCUAUUAGACCACAAUCAAUAACAAGGUUUGGACGAUCUAUUAGACCACAAUCAAUAACAAGAUUUCGUCGAUCUUUAAGACCUCAAUCAGUAACAAGAUUUGGUCGAUCUUUAAGACCUCAAUCAGUAACAAGAUUUGGACGAUCUAUAAAACCUCAAUCAGUAACAAGAUUUGGACGAUCUAUAAGACCUGAAUCAGUAACAAGAUUUGGUCGAUCUAUUAGACCACAAUCAAUAACAAGGUUUGGACGAUCUAUUAGACCACAAUCAGUAACAAGAUUUGGACGAUCUAUUAGACCUCAAUCAGUAACAAGAUUUGGUCGAUCUAUUAGACCACAAUCAGUAACACGAUUUGGACGAUCUAUAAGACCUCAAUCAGUAACAAGAUUUGGUCGAUCUAUAAGACCUCAAUCAGUAACAAGAUUUGGACGAUCUUUAAGACCUGAAUCAGUAACAAGAUUUGGUCGAACUAUUAGACCACAAUCAAUAACAAGGUUUGGACGAUCUAUUAGACCACAAUCAGUAACAAGAUUUCGUCGAUCUUUAAGACCUCAAUCAGUAACAAGAUUUGGACGAUCUAUAAGACCUCAAUCAGUAACAAGAUUUGGUCGAUCUUUAAGACCUGAAUCAGUAACAAGAUUUGGUCGAUCUAUUAGACCACAAUCAAUAACAAGGUUUGGACGAUCUAUUAGACCACAAUCAGUAACAAGGUUUGGACGAUCUAUUAGAGCACAAUCAGUAACAGGAUUUCGUCGAUCUUUAAGACCUCAAUCAGUAACAAGAUUUGGACGAUCUAUAAGACCUCAAGCAGUAACAAGAUUUGGUCGAUCUAUUAGACCACAAUCAAUAACAAGGUUUGGACGAUCUAUUAGACCACAAUCAGUAACAAGAUUUGGACGAUCUAUUAGACCUCAAUCAGUAACAAGAUUUGGUCGAUCUAUUAGACCACAAUCAGUAACACGAUUUGGACGAUCUAUAAGACCUCAAUCAGUAACAAGAUUUGGUCGAUCUAUAAGACCUCAAUCAGUAACAAGAUUUGGACGAUCUUUAAGACCUGAAUCAGUAACAAGAUUUGGUCGAACUAUUAGACCACAAUCAAUAACAAGGUUUGGACGAUCUAUUAGACCACAAUCAGUAACAAGAUUUCGUCGAUCUUUAAGACCUCAAUCAGUAACAAGAUUUGGACGAUCUAUAAGACCUCAAUCAGUAACAAGAUUUGGUCGAUCUUUAAGACCUGAAUCAGUAACAAGAUUUGGUCGAUCUAUUAGACCACAAUCAAUAACAAGGUUUGGACGAUCUAUUAGACCACAAUCAGUAACAAGAUUUGGACGAUCUAUUAGACCACAAUCAGUAACAAGAUUUGGUCGAUCUAUUAGACCACAAUCAGUAACAAGAUUUGGACGAUCUAUUAGACCACAAUCAGUAACAAGAUUUGGUCGAUCUAUUAGACCACAAUCAAUAACAAGGUUUGGACGAUCUAUUAGACCACAAUCAGUAACAAGAUUUGGUCGAUCUAUUAGACCACAAUCAAUAACAAGGUUUGGACGAUCUAUUAGACCACAAUCAGUAACAAGAUUUGGUCGAUCUAUUAGACCACAAUCAAUAACAAGGUUUGGACGAUCUAUUAGACCACAAUCAGUAACAAGAUUUGGUCGAUCUAUUAGACCACAAUCAAUAACAAGGUUUGGACGAUCUAUUAGACCACAAUCAGUAACAAGAUUUGGUCGAUCUAUUAGACCACAAUCAAUAACAAGGUUUGGACGAUCUAUUAGACCACAAUCAGUAACAAGGUUUGGACGAUCUAUUAGAGCACAAUCAGUAACAGGAUUUCGUCGAUCUUUAAGACCUCAAUCAGUAACAAGAUUUGGUCGAUCUAUUAGACCUCAAUCAGUAAAGAGAUUUGGUCGAUCUAUUAGACCACAAUCAAUAACAAGGUUUGGACGAUCUAUUAGACCACAAUCAGUAACAAGAUUUGUUCGAUCUUUAAGACCUCAAUCAGUAACAAGAUUUGGUCGAUCUAUUAGACUACAAUCAAUAACAAGGUUUGGAUGAUCUAUUAGAGCACAAUCAGUAACAGGAUUUCGUCGAUCUUUAAGACCUCAAUCAGUAACAAGAUUUGGACGAUCUAUAAGACCUCAAUCAGUAACAAGAUUUGGUCGAUCUAUUAG